AUGCUCCCGAUGCUCCGUGUUCCUUUCUGGUUGGCUUUAUUUCUGGCGAUGAGUUCCUUCUGUGCAGCCUUCAGCCGGCCUAACUUUCAGCUGGAAGCGGCCAAGUUAGCAUCAGCGGCAGAGCGGCAUGAUGUUGCUCCGAACGACAUGCCCGCCGCAUGGGCGGAGCAACAGUGGCCGGAGUGGAAACGCUCCCAUCGACGCAUUUGCUCGCUUUUUCGUGGGCUCUGCCCGGACUCCACCGCCACCGCCUUCAAGGUCACAGCCAUGGCCACUUUUGACAUGUUGGAAAACAUGCUUGGCAUCGGCUCCGGCUGGUUUGUGCUGGUCGUCCUCCCCUGCGCAGCCUGCGGCCUUUUCCUUCUCCCAAGGAGGGAUGAGGCUCCCCAAGAGAGAGUGGGGCCUUGCAGGCAGAGAAAAGCUUCCUGCAUCGAUUGGUGGAGCUGCGGCCCGCAGAUCACUCCCGCAUCACUGAAAGUCUUCCUUACGGUGCUCUUGCUGAUAGAACUCUUGGGCUUGCAGGCGCCGCAGUCGGAUGUCUUCACCUUGCCUGAGAUGAUCCGACGUGUGCGGGCGCACCCCUACGGAAGGACGCCGGAGCUGGGCUUACGUUGGGGCUUCGCUUGUGGCGAUGAUGGGGAUGCAGGCCUGAUGCCCCGGCUGACAUACGUCUUCAUGCCAAACCUAAACGAUGCCACAGCAGACAGCUACGCCUGGGUGUUCUCGAUCCUGCGGACAUCUCUGCUGGUGUCGUGGUGCACUUUCCUUGUGCUCCCAUGCGCUUGGGCGCCCUCUUGGGCCUGCUUUGUUUGGGGAGUCGUGGUAUACGUAGUCAUGGCGAGUGUGGGAACUAUGUAUCAGCCAUAUUGUGUUUCUGUUUGCACCUGUUUCUUCCUGGUGGCGGCAGCCUGCAUCUUGCCUUCCUUGAAGAAGAGCCCCAGGGCGCGGGCCUGGCUUGGCAUGUUUCUGAUAGUCAGCACACUCGCUCCAUUCUAUGGGAAGGGGCGCUGGGGCCCCGUGCUCUCUGGCAGCUGGUUGACGCAAGUCUUGCAAAGCGCUUCAGACAGAUCUGCAGUUCCGGGCUUCGUCGCAUGGAUCGUGAAGACUCCUGUGGUUGCAGCGGUCAUGUCUUUCGGCGUGCUCUUGGUGGAGUUCUUGCUUCCUCUCGCGGUGCUCUUUCUGGCAAGUUCGAGCUCUGACUUGGCCUGCUGGCUACGGACUUGCUGGAUCCUUUUGGCGACCUUCUUUCACAUCACCACCAUCGUGAUCGUUGGUCCAAAUUUUGCACGACAACUUCCGUUGUUGAUGAUGCUUUUGCACGGCGUCUGGCAUCCGAUUAGAAGCACUGAUGCAGAAGCCAUUGAGCCUGAGCAAAUGAGUUCUUGGGCACGGAGGGUGAGCUUUGCAACUGCGCUGCUGGUCCUAUGGAUGUGCAAUGAGCUGUGGUCAGACUUCGACCAUAUUUUCGGCGCAACACCUCGUGCUUCUCAUCACGACAUGCAAUGGCCGCUGCCGGAAAUGUCCAUGUUUACUUGGACUUCCACAUCGACCAACUAUGUCCGCUCUCUGUGCCUUGAGAUUGCAAUUGCGGUGGCGCUCUCCAGCAAGGUCUUUUCCGAAAUCAUAUGGCCAGCCUCAGCUGUCAAGGGCGAGCAGGCAGAUUCGUUAUCGCUCCAGCAGCUGGACACAGGUGGGACAUCGAAUAGGGUGUUGAAGCUUUGUUUGAGUUGCUUCUUGGCUUAG